GGGGCGCGGCCUGUGGGGCGCUCCAAGCCGCCGUCUGCGUGGGGCCGCCCUGUGGGUGGGCGGCGCGGCCGGAGAGGCGCGGGGUCAGCCCGGGGUCAGCCCGGGGUCAGCCCGGGGGUCAGCCCGGGGUCAGCCCGGGGGUCACCGGGGGUCCGGGCUGCGGGGAGGCCUCGGGACCGAGCGGGCCCGACAUGGCCGGUUGCCGAGCCUGCCCGGGACCCAACGCCGCCGCCCACGCCGCCAGGCGCAUCGCCGUCGCCUUCGCCCCCAACGCCCCCACAGGUAUCUCCUGCAGUCGCCCUCACUUCCCGGUGUUGGGGAGGCUGGGCCUCUUCGAGGCGCAGAUCGUCAGAAGAACUCCUCUAAGAACCUUUUCCGAAACCCCAGCCUAUUUCGCCUCCAAGGACGGCCCAAGCAAAGAUGGUUCCGGAAGUGGAAAUAAGAAAUCCGUGAGCGAAGGAGGCGCCAAAAAAUCAGGCUCCGGGAAUUCCGGGAAAGGAGGCAACCAGCUCCGCUGUCCGAAGUGCGGGGACCUAUGCACGCACGUCGAGACUUUCGUGUCUUCCACUCGCUUUGUGAAGUGUGAAAAAUGCCAUCACUUCUUCGUGGUACUGUCCGAAGCCGACUCCAAGAAGAGCAUAGCGAAGGAGCCGGAAUCCGCGGCCGAGACGGUGAAGUUGGCUUUCCAGCAGAAGCCACCACCUCCCCCCAAAAAGAUCUACAACUACCUCGACAAGUACGUGGUCGGCCAGUCUUUCGCCAAGAAGGUGCUCUCCGUCGCCGUGUACAAUCACUACAAGAGGAUCUACAAUAACAUCCCCGCUAACGUCCGGCAGCAAGCGGAAGUCGAGAGGCACGCGUCCUUGACCCCCCGAGAAGUAGAAAUCAGACGGCGAGAGGACGAAUACCGUUUUACAAAACUGCUGCAGAUCGCCGGGAUCAGCCCGCACGGCAACGCCCUGGGGGCGUCCAUGCAGCAGCAGGUCAGCCAGCAGGCCCCUCAGGAGAAGCGAGGCGGGGAAGUGCUGGAUUCCGCCCACGACGACAUCAAGCUGGAAAAGAGCAACAUCCUGCUCCUCGGACCGACCGGCUCAGGGAAAACCCUGCUGGCCCAGACCCUAGCCAAGUGCCUGGACGUGCCCUUCGCCAUCUGUGACUGCACCACAUUGACUCAGGCCGGGUACGUGGGCGAAGACAUCGAGUCCGUGGUCGCCAAGCUGCUCCAGGACGCCAACUACAACGUCGAGAAAGCCCAACAGGGAAUUGUCUUUCUGGAUGAAGUAGAUAAGAUUGGCAGCGUGCCGGGCAUUCAUCAGUUGCGGGAUGUAGGUGGAGAAGGCGUUCAGCAAGGCUUGCUGAAGCUCCUCGAAGGGACGAUCGUCAACGUCCCCGAGAAGAACUCCCGGAAGCUCCGCGGCGAGACGGUGCAGGUGGACACCACCAACAUCCUGUUCGUGGCCUCGGGCGCGUUCAACGGCCUAGACCGCAUCAUCAGCCGGAGGAAGAACGAGAAGUACCUGGGGUUCGGGACCCAGUCGAACCUGGGGAAGGGGCGCAGGGCGGCGGCCGAGCUGGCCAGCCGCAGCGGGGAGUCCGCCGGCCCCCAGGACCUGGAAGAGAAGGACCGGCUCCUGCGGCACGUGGAAGCCCGGGACCUGAUCGAGUUCGGCAUGAUCCCCGAGUUCGUGGGCCGGCUGCCCGUCGUGGUCCCCCUGCACAGCCUCGACGAGAAGACCCUCGUCCAGAUCCUCACCGAGCCCCGCAACGCCGUCAUCCCCCAGUACCAGGCUCUGUUCAGCAUGGACAAGUGCGAGCUGAACGUCACCGAGGACGCUUUGAAGGCCAUCGCCAGGCUAGCCUUAGACAGGAAGACGGGAGCGAGAGGUCUUCGGUCUAUCAUGGAAAAGCUGUUACUCGAGCCAAUGUUCGAAGUACCUAAUUCCGACAUCGUGUGUGUGGAAGUGGACAAGGACGUCGUGGAAGGAAAGAAAGAGCCAGGCUACAUCAGGGCCCCCACCAAGGAGUCGGCGGAGGAGGAAUACGACUCGGGCGUCGAAGAGGAAGGUUGGCCCCGGCAGGCCGACGCCGCCAACAGUUAAACGCGCCCUCACAGGGGUUUCUUACGGGGCAGAACUUGGAAACCCGGGAUUUCCACGGGCACCGGGUCGACCCCGACUGCCCCACGCGGUCCCGGGAUCGGGAAUCUUGUCGAGGCAUCACUUUGAUUCACGCGGCGGACUUGAGCGGCACACAGAGAUCAAAAUUUACGUUUAUCCGGUUCAGUUUUUACCAACCCGAAGGAACAGAAAUCCCUAGCGUUCCGACAGGCAGCCGCGGGGUUCCCCGGGAGCUAAUUUUACAAUAAUGUUACUCUACAAGUGGGGAAAUAAAUUUCCUGAAAUGAAGAUGA